AUUCUCGGCAGGGCUGUAAAACUGAUCACAUAAACAUAGGGUCGUCGACACUUAGAUUGGAUUUAUUUUGGCAAUAAAGUGAUGGCUGGACUUUUACACCUGACGAAAUUGUGCAGCAAGAAUCUCCCCUCCGCCAGUGGCCACGCGACAUGCUACAGACUUGCUAAGGGAAGCCAUCACGUGCAAUCGAGAGUGCUUUACUCGUCGCUGGCCAACGUUGACGAUAAUGCAAAGCGAAAAAAGAUUACGCCAUUUACGCCCACGCCUGGGAGUAAGCUGCUGGGUGGAGUGUUUGGCAAGAAGGCCAAAGGUGCAGCCCCAGCAGCAGCAGUGGCAGCAGCAGCAGCGACAACAACGCUACAACAUCGGCAACGACUUCAAGUACAACAAUCUCGACAAUGUCACGUUCAUAUAGGGGGCAGCAGCGAUGGCGGCUCUGGCUUGGGCAAGCUGGAUGCACCGGAGGUGACCUCACAGGAUAUGAUGCGAGCGAUGAUGGCAUACAUUUGGCCCAAGGAGGAUCCCAUGGUGCGCAAACGCGUGGGCAUAUCUCUGGGUCUGCUGGCUGGCUCCAAGCUGCUGACUGUUUGCGUUCCUUUUCUGUUCAAAGGCGCUGUGGACACCAUGACGACUCUGAAUAUGGACACGGCACCAGAUGCGGUGCUAUCCACAGCCACAGCGCUGCUCUUGGGAUAUGGCAUUGCCAGAGCGAGUGCCGCUGGCUUUAAUGAACUUCGCAAUGCUGUCUUCGCGAAGGUGGCGCACCAUUCCAUAAGGAAGAUUGCCAGCAAUGUGUUUCUGCAUCUGCACAAUCUGGAUCUGGCUUUCCAUCUGAACAAGCAGACGGGCGCCCUGUCAAAGACCAUCGAUCGUGGCUCGCGCGGCAUCAACUUUGUGCUCUCCGCCAUGGUCUUUAACAUUGUGCCAACGAUCUUCGAGCUGGCGCUGGUGUCCAGCAUCUUGGGGAUCAAGUGUGGCCUGGCCUUUGCCGGUGUUAGCAUGGGCUGUGUGGGCAUCUAUGCGCUCUACACCCUGAGUGUCACGCAGUGGCGCACACGCUUCCGGGUCUACAUGAAUCAGGCGGAGAAUGAGGCAGGCAACAAGGCCGUGGACUCGCUGAUCAACUACGAGACGGUGAAGUACUUCAACAACGAGAAGUAUGAGGCUGGCUGCUACAACGAGGUGCUGAAGAAGUACGAGGCGGCCAGCUUGAAGACAAGCUCCAGCCUGGCGUUGCUUAACUUUGGCCAAAACGCAAUCUUCAGCAGUGCCCUCAGCUUGAUCAUGGUGCUGGCCGCCAAGGAGAUUGCCCAGGGCAACAUGACCGUGGGUGAUCUGGUCAUGGUCAACGCUCUGCUGUUUCAGCUGUCGAUUCCGCUCGGCUUUCUGGGCAGUGUGUACCGGGAGGUGCGACAGGCGCUACUCGACAUGCAGUCCAUGUUCACGCUGAUGAACGUCGACAGUCGCAUUCAGACGGCGCCCAAUGCCCAGCCUCUGUUCAUUGACAACAGCAACGCAUCGAUUGAGUUCCGCAACGUGAACUUUGAGUACGAGCCCGGCAAACCGAUCUUCAGGGAUCUUUCCUUCACGAUACCCGCUGGCAAGAACGUCGCCUUUGUGGGUGGCUCUGGCUCCGGCAAGUCCUCGAUGGUGCGCCUGCUAUUCCGUUUCUUUGAGCCCAACUCCGGCAAGGUGCUGAUUGGCGGCCAGGACAUCAGCUCUGUGGACUUGGACAGCCUGCGAAAAACGAUUGCCGUGGUGCCUCAGGACUCGGUGCUGUUCCACAACACCAUCGAGCACAACAUUCACUAUGGCAACCUGGCCAAGUCGCACGAGGAGGUGCAGAAUGCGGCACGCAUGGCCGAUCUGCACGAUUCCAUCAUGAGCUGGCCCGCAAAGUACAACACGCAGGUGGGAGAGCGUGGCCUGAAGUUGUCCGGUGGCGAGAAGCAGCGCGUGGCCAUAGCUCGUGCCAUACUCAAGAAUACGCCCAUUCUGAUCUUCGAUGAGGCGACCAGCAGUCUGGACUCCAUAACGGAGCAUAACAUUCUCCAAGCCUUGAGCCGCGCUACCUCGGGACGCACCAGCAUUUGCAUUGCCCACCGCCUGUCGACAGUCAAGGAUGCCGAUGAGAUUUUAGUGCUCGAGAAUGGCGGUGUGGGCGAGCGUGGCACGCACUCGCAACUGCUGAAGCAGAAUGGUCUGUAUGCCAGACUGUGGGAGACGCAGACGCAGCAAUUCGAUCCCAGUCGCCACACCGAAGACAACCAAGAGGCAAGGAGUAGCGCCCAAGCGUAGUGACAAGUUAAAGCCACAACGAAGUGUGUGUGUCCCUUGAUCGUUUAUUAUUCAUCUCUGACAGCGAAGAGAGAGAGAGAGAGAUUGUUCGUGGUUCGUUAUUAUUAGGCUGAAAGUAAUAUUGUGUGAGUGACAUUUGUAAAUACAAUUUGUAGUUAAGCGAA